GCCUGCGCAGAAUUACUUAUUUAAUGAGUUGCCUACUUAAGUAACUAGAAAGAAAAAGCAUGUCAUGAUAUUUAAAACACUCCUCCGACCUCUCCCCCCUCGCCUCCUCCAUCCCUAUCCCUCCCCCUCUCCCCUCCCAAACCAUCUCAUCACCCAGCGCAUCUCCCUCCUCCCCCGCUCCACCAGUACCAGUACCAGUGCCACUGCCGGAAAAGUAGGAAGCGCACCCCCCAAAUCCGCCUCGCACCCCCUACGCAUCCUAACCUGGACCCUCAAAUCACUCUUCAUCUACCACCUCUUCCACACAUACAUCUAUUCACUCGAGACGGGAUCCGGGCCCUCGAUGCUCCCCACCAUCUCCGUAUCCAACGAUUGGUUUCUCAUUUCACGUGCGUAUCGACGCGGGCGCGGCGUCCAGGUGGGCGAUAUCGUGUCGUUUGAAUCGGUGGUUGAGCCGGGGCAAAAGGCUUUCAAGAGAGUUUUGGGCUUGGAGGGGGAUUGUGUGAUGAUGGGGACGCCGGGGAGUAGGGAGACUCAGAUGAUUAGAAUUCCUGAGGGACAUUGUUGGGUAGUGGGGGAUAAUUUAGAAUGGUCAAGGGAUUCGAGGAUGUUUGGUCCGAUACCUAUGGCUUUGAUCAAGGGGAAAAUCAUCGCUAGAGUACUACCAUGGAGCGAAAGAAAAUGGUUCGAGAAUGAUCUUCAACCAGUGGGAGAUGGCCAUUGAAACUUUGAUAUAGUCACCAACAAAAAUCACCAAGUAUUAAGAAGUUAAAUAA